GAAGGACUAACGAACAUUUCCAGAGAGGAGUAGAAGGCUCCAGAACCCCCCAAGUCCAAGACAUCGUUUCUGCUUUGCUUCUCCUCCGCUUCUAACGCUAACCAAUCGAACCUCCUAGAAUUUCUUCCCUGAUUAUAUAGAACCAUCCUGCAUUUUUCUCUCAUCACCAAAAGUUCCAAAAGCCCUCGAAAUAUCUGUUCUUGCUUUCGCUCUUCUCGUCUGCAAAUCAUUCAAAGAUCAUCGUCUUUGCUUGAUAGUCCUGUGUGGUAAUCAGAUGGCGGACGCAGAGACCUUUGCCUUCCAGGCUGAGAUCAACCAGCUUUUGAGCUUGAUCAUCAACACAUUCUACAGCAACAAGGAAAUUUUCCUCCGGGAAUUGAUCAGCAAUGCCUCCGAUGCCUUGGACAAGAUCCGGUUUGAGAGCUUGACUGAUAAGAGCAAGCUCGAUGCUCAACCGGAGCUGUUUAUCCGCCUCGUGCCGGAUAAGGUUAACAAGACGCUCUCCAUCAUAGAUAGUGGCAUCGGCAUGACUAAAGCAGAUUUGGUGAACAACUUGGGGACGAUUGCAAGAUCUGGUACAAAGGAAUUCAUGGAGGCGUUGCAAGCUGGUGCUGAUGUUAGCAUGAUUGGUCAGUUUGGUGUUGGUUUCUACUCUGCUUACCUUGUUGCGGAAAAGGUAAUUGUCACCACCAAGCACAAUGAUGAUGAACAGUACAUCUGGGAAUCACAAGCUGGCGGUUCAUUCACUGUUACGAGGGAUGUUAAUGGCGAGCAGCUAGGCAGAGGAACCAAGAUAACCCUCUUCCUGAAGGAGGAUCAGUUGGAGUACCUUGAGGAGAGGAGAAUCAAGGAUCUUGUGAAGAAGCAUUCUGAGUUCAUUAGCUACCCUAUUUACCUGUGGACGGAGAAGACCACUGAGAAAGAGAUUAGUGAUGAUGAAGACGACGAACCAAAGAAGGAAGAGGAGGGUGAUGUUGAGGAGGUUGACGAGGACAAGGAGAAAGAAAAGGGAAAGAAAAAGAAGAUUAAGGAGGUUUCUCAUGAAUGGCAGCUCAUCAAUAAGCAGAAACCAAUUUGGCUCCGCAAGCCAGAGGAAAUUACAAAGGAGGAAUAUGCUUCUUUCUACAAGAGCUUGACUAACGACUGGGAGGAUCACCUUGCUGUCAAGCACUUCUCUGUCGAAGGCCAGCUUGAGUUCAAGGCUAUCCUCUUUGUUCCAAAGAGGGCUCCCUUUGAUCUCUUUGACACGCGAAAGAAGAUGAAUAACAUCAAACUCUAUGUUAGGAGGGUUUUCAUCAUGGACAAUUGUGAGGAGCUCAUCCCUGAGUACCUUGGAUUUGUCAAAGGUGUUGUUGAUUCUGAUGACUUGCCCCUCAACAUCUCCCGUGAGAUGCUGCAGCAGAACAAGAUUCUGAAGGUCAUCAGAAAGAAUCUUGUGAAGAAGUGCAUUGAGAUGUUCAAUGAAAUUGCAGAGAACAAGGAGGAUUAUAACAAGUUCUAUGAGGCCUUCUCAAAGAACUUGAAGCUGGGCAUCCACGAGGACAGCCAGAACAGGGCUAAAUUGGCUGAUUUGCUCCGAUACCAUUCAACCAAGAGUGGUGAUGAACUGACUAGCCUGAAAGACUAUGUCACAAGAAUGAAAGAAGGCCAGAAGGAUAUUUACUACAUAACUGGAGAGAGCAAGAAGGCUGUUGAGAACUCACCGUUCUUGGAGCGUCUCAAAAAGAAAGGCUAUGAGGUUCUUUACAUGGUUGAUGCCAUCGAUGAAUAUGCAGUUGGGCAGCUGAAAGAAUACGAUGGCAAGAAGUUAGUUUCUGCCACCAAGGAGGGAUUGAAGCUGGAUGAUGAAACCGAGGAAGAGAAGAAGAAAAAGGAGGAGAAAAAGAAGUCAUUUGAGAGCCUCUGUAAGGUGAUCAAGGACAUUCUAGGUGACAAAGUUGAGAAAGUUGUCAUUUCCGACAGAAUUGUCGACUCUCCAUGCUGUCUCGUGACUGGGGAAUAUGGUUGGACUGCCAACAUGGAGAGGAUUAUGAAGGCUCAAGCUUUGAGGGACAGCAGCAUGAGUUCCUACAUGUCAAGCAAGAAGACCAUGGAAAUCAACCCAGACAAUGGAAUCAUGGAAGAGUUGAGAAAGAGGGCUGAAGCUGACAAGAACGACAAAUCAGUCAAGGAUCUUGUGCUUCUACUCUUUGAGACAGCUCUAUUGACUUCUGGUUUCAGCUUGGAUGAUCCAAACACCUUUGCAUCAAGAAUUCAUCGGAUGUUGAAACUUGGUCUGAGCAUUGAUGAGGACGAAGCUGCUGAGGAUGCAGACAUGCCAGCCUUGGAGGAAGAGGGCAAUGAGGAGAGCAAAAUGGAAGAGGUCGAUUAGACACCUGUGAAUGGAACUUAAUACACAAUUUUCUUAAUGGUGUGAGCUUCUGAGAGACUGAGAAAGUGCAGCUACGCAUCUGUGUAAUCCCGAGUGUCCAUUUGCAGUUUCCAUUCUUUUCUUUUCUGGUGGUGUGUUAUGGUUCUGUGAUUGUGUUAGGUGGUUGCCGCUUAAUGUGUCUCAGAUGAAAUUUGAAAUAUGGUGUUCUAGUUUCUCUAAUCAUGCCUUCCUACUA